GCCACGUUAACGGCCUGGCGCGCAGCUGCGUCGCUCUUUUGCUCGCGCCGACCACACUGAUGCGCCGCGCGGCUAGUCCCAACCUCACCGCACCAGGCCGUGACUCACAGGAGCGCGACCUUUGGCAAAAGACAAGGAAACGUCUGAAGCAAGUCCAGACAUCGACUGCACUGAGCAACGAGAACUUCAAGGAGAUCACCACACUCCAAACCGCGCUACAAUCGGGAACGACUGUCGAACCAAAUUUGCGAACAAGACUUGGCAAAGCUGCCGAGGCUGCAACUCGUUACAGUGAAGAGGCUCUUUCCGCCGUCAAGGAUGCGCAAGAAGCGCUGUCAAUUUUGAUCGCCCUGCGCGAGCCAGAACCGCUUGGCGCAAACGAUGCGCGUAAGAAACGCCGCCUUGACACUGCUUCGCCAGCACCAACUGAGCGAGAGCCGCCACUGGUGCCAUUCGUACCCCGCGUGACGACACUGACCACAUCAGCCAAGGGAUCACCCUUGCCAGGCUCGCCUGCACCCAUGUCUGCAAUCAACGCAUCGUCCAAUGUCAAACCUGUUCAGACGAGCAAACCGAGCACGUCGACCGUCACCAUCGGCUCAUCUCAUACACAGUAUACCGUUCAGCUUCCUCUGUUGCCAGGCAGACCGGUCGCAUUCAAACAGCCUAAGAAUAGAUCGGGCGGCAAGGACAGCGCCAGCCCGGGCGAGAAAGAGGACUACAUUCUUACCAGAGUGAUGCGAAAUCUCAACGGCGACAAGAAUCGCUACGAGGUACAGGAUGCAGACGACACGCCUGGUCAGAUACCCGCAACUUUCAAUACCACACUCAAGCACAUUGUCGUACUCGCCGACCCGCCGAUCCAGGAUUAUCCGAUCGGCUCGACCGUGCUCGCUCUAUAUCCCGACACGACAUCCUUCUAUAAGGCACGCGUACGGUCAAAUCCCCGUGCACAGAUUGCAAAGCAAAAGCCGGGCUCACGAGCACUGUACAAGCUUACAUUCGAGGACGACGGUGAUCAAAUUCUAGAUGUCAGCCCUCACAUGGUCAUCGAAUGGCCCCCUCCUGUCAUUAGUAAGCCUUCAUAGCGAGGCGAGGAAGCGGAGAGCAUUGUCGAAAAGCAAAGGACUUUGCAUGUUGUUGCAAGCAACAGUGUAAUACUAAUAGUAUCACACGCCUGUCUGUUUGAGGCCCGU